UUUUCUCGGCUUGGCGUUGCUCAUUUCGCCGAGAGAGGCGGCCAGCCCCCAUUCAUAGGGCAGGCAGGCAGGCAGGCAGGCGGGCGGGCGAAGCGCAGGAGCGGCCGACAAUCCACCGAACACCACCGACGUAGGGAGCCCGAAUGACGGUCUCCCACUGAAACCAGACCGGAACCACCACCACCACCACCCCCAACCCCUUCCCCCCCUCCCCCCCCUCCCCCCCCGAACCCCGUCCCCACGGGAAUGGAUUUGUGAACGCCCGUGAGACUCGAAGCCGUCGCGGAGGGAAACACGCCGACUUCCUCCUCCUCCCUCCGCCGCCGCCGCUCGCCAUCAGCUUCGCCGCAGACCCGGGGGCUACUACCUCCGCUCGGCUCGGGGCGAAGAACCGAGGACCCCGCUCGUUCCUCCGGGCAUCUUGACACGUUUGAACCCCCCCCCCCCACCCACCCCAAAACCUCGACUUGGAAGAUAACGGAAAACGUCCCCCCCCCCCCCACCCACACACACACACACACGCACCCCUCAUCCCGUGCGCGCGCGCAUGUGUGUUUUUUUGCUGCCUGUAUGAUGCCGACACAUUUGCGGUUCCGAAGAAGGUCAUUCCUCGGGCUUUUAUUCCUGUUUUCGCUCUCCACCUCCGCGUUGUAUUUCAUCUACUCCGCCCCCGGAAUCGUGAACGAGUAUGUGUUCAUGGUCCAAGCCAGAGGGAUCCAGCUCAGGGAGAACGUGAGGAACAUCGGGUCUCAGGUUCUGGAGCAGGUGGUGAGAGGAGCGUACAGCGUCAACGGCACAGAUUAUGCCUACGACUUCAACGUGAGCGAGAGCGAGGCUCCUCCCACCACGUACCUGCCGGAGGGCUUCACCUACCUGCCCUCUCAGGUGUGCCCCGAGCGGCUGCUCUCCAUGAAAGGCAAGUUGGAGGUGAACAUGAGUGAGGUGUCUUUGGAGGAGGUGGAGAAAUCCCUGCUGGAGGGAGAGCCCAACAGGACCCCCGGAGGCUUCUGGAAGCCCAAAGACUGUUUACCUCGCUGGAAGGUGGCGAUCCUGGUCCCGUUCAGGAACCGCCACGAGCACCUGCCCAUCCUCCUGAGACACCUGGUGCCAGUGCUGCAGAGACAGAGACUCCAGUUUGCCUUUUAUUUCGUAGAGCAGGGGGGCACGGAGCCAUUCAACCGCGCCAUGUUGUUCAACGUGGGCUUCAAGGAGGCCAUGAAGGACCUGGACUGGGACUGCCUGGUCUUCCACGACGUGGACCACCUCAUGGAGAACGACAGGAACUACUACGGCUGCGCGGACAUGCCCCGGCACUUUGCGGUCAAACUCGACAAGUACUCCUACAUGCUUCCGUAUACUGAGUUCUUCGGCGGUGUCAGUGGCAUGACGGUGAAGCAGUUCAAAAAGAUUAAUGGCUUUCCUAAUGCAUUCUGGGGCUGGGGAGGAGAGGACGAUGACCUCUGGAACAGGGUGCGGUACGCCAACUACACCGUGAGCAGACCACACGGAGAGCAGGGACGCUACAGGUCAAUCUCACGUCACCAUCGCGGGGAGGUCCAGUUCCUAGGAAGGUACAGUCUUCUCCGCCACUCGAAGGAGAGACAGAAAGUGGACGGCCUCCUCAACCUGAACUACUCCCCCCUGGUGUCCAGGAGGCCUCUCUACACCAACAUCACCGUCCGCCUGAGCAGAGAGCUGGCGCCCGUGGGCGACUACUGACGCCCGGAGGACGGCCGGACUGCAAAACACCCGUCAAUCAAAGUCCCGCUGGGCGUCGGCCAUAUCUCACCAGUCGCAGCGGCGCUCGGGACUUUUUUAAGUUGAUCGAUUCUUCGCUUUUUCUUCGUUUUUUUUCUUCUUUUUAUUUGUAUGCAACAAAACAAAAACAACAACAAAAAAACAACGGAGAAGAACAAAAAAAAAAAAGGAGACUCGAAUAAAUAUGUUGGAUAAAUCGUAAAAAGAAAAUUUAAGGAUAAAUGCUGCACCUGCUUGUGCCGCAGUCCAUCACUCCUCUCACCUGGGCUUCUCUAGUCUCCACAUGCCUUUUUGCACCAUUUUGGCCUUCAGCAUCCAUUCGAUAAUUUUCUUAUCCAGUCAACAAUUAGCUCAGUGCUUGUUUAUCAAAAUGGGACACACACACACACACACACACACACAGCCGUUUGACUCACAUGUGCUGACCUGGUCCCCGAGGCUUUGAUUUCUUUGAUUUCUUUGUUUUUUGCUUUGCUCUUGCACUUUUUAAUUUUAAUUUUUCAUAAAUGCAGUUAAAAGCACGCAGAAAAACAUUUGCAUGCGCACACUUUACGCCGACGACACCGCGACUUUUUUUUUUUUUUUUGCCGAGUGGACUCUCGCAGCUGGUUCUGCAGAAGGUUUGCCAAAAAUCUACAAGUGGAAGAAGAAGGAGGAAAAAAGUGAUGUAAAGAGUGAGUGUUUUCAGUCACGUAUACCGUUUGUGAAAUCCUAACUUUUAGAGAAUAUUAAUACCUUCAUCACCUCUUCACCAACUAUGUUUUUUUUUUCUUCCUGUGAACGUACCGUUUAACAAAAAGAAACAAGACUGUGGUGUGUGUGUUUGCGUCGGACGUUGCGUGUGUGUGUGUGUGUGUGUGUGUGUGUGUGUGUGUUUUGGGAGAGCGACCGCUCUUCCCGUUGGCAAUAAGCUGUGAUCUCAGACGGCAGAACUUGGGGCCCGACUUCCUCGCCAUACAAAUGCAAUGGGGCGAGCCCUCUGAUUGGACGACGGAGAAAGAAAAGAAGACGGAAAAAAAAAAAAAAAAGAAGAAAAAAAAAGGGAGCGACAGCGUAUGCAAACUUCACAAUCGACACACCUUUGCCUGAGCAAAAGCGACGCCCUCUUCAGUGUGUGUGUGUGUGUGUGUGUGUGUGUGUGUGUGUGUGUGUGAGCGAGGGAGAGCUAUGCAAAUGGCCUGUUGUCAGUGAGAGGUCGUCGGGUUGACCUCCAGGAGGCUUCAUCACGCCCCGAAACUGUGACCGACCCGACCUCAGACCCGCGUGCACGUCCAGAGAGACCAACAUUAUUUUUUUUUAAGAUCCCACGAACCUCGACGUUUAAAUCACAUUAAUUAUUUUUUUUGGGAGCGAACUGGAGGUCGAAAACUGAACUGCUGCCACCGUCACUUGUGUUUACAGAAGCUUUUGGUUUGUUUGUUUUUCUUUAAGUCGGCCCGCCCUCUUCCGCUGUGAGAACAACCAAUCGGUGGCUGCCUUCUUCUUCUUCUUCUUCUUCUUCUUCUUCUUCUUCUUCACUUCUUUAUCUAAGACGUGGACUGGGUGGGGGGGGGGGGGUAGAUGUGAAUGCUCUUUUUCCACGAUAAGCCGCUGGUUAUCUCAGCCGGCCUCCUGUUUGGCGGCGCGCGGCCCGACACUGUGCAGCGGUGCACGGCUUUCUCUUCAUUUUGUGUGUUCGACAGUGUUGAUUUUGAGUGAAAUAUCCCAAUACUGUAAACGUAGCUCCUUUCUUUCUUUAUUUAUUUACAGAGAACAAGCAUAACUGUCCGUCUCUCUUUUCACACAAAAUCGCCUUGUAUGCAUUUCUUGAGAUGCAUCUUCUGGGUGGAGCAAGAAGUAAAGGGGCUGGACCUCGUUUUAUUUAUUUUAAUCAUUUUUAAUGGAGUAUCUUUUUUUUUUUCUUUUUCACGCGACGACGUAGUCGGCGACGUGCGGCGGAUGCACUGAAAUUUGUGGUUGUGCGUGGGAUUGUGACGUUCGGGUCUGUGUAAACGGGGGAGCCGUUCUGUGUGUGUGUGUGUGUGUGUGUGUGUGUGUGUGUGUGUGUGUGUGUGUGUGUCUGUGUUUUAAUUGGAUGAAACAGACCGCGUUGGAAGAGGCCAUUUUGUGUGACAACCACAGGAAGAGCGAGCUGGAAUCGGACCAAUGCGAUCGGCGUCCACCGGCCACCUCCUUCAUACUAAUUGAGAAUCAAUGGUGCUGACCUUUCCAGAGCCCCUCCUCCCCCCCCCUCUCCGUGCCCACUAGCGCCUGUUUCCACAUCGCAGAAGGCCGGCGCCGACGGUCUAAACAUCCCCUCCGGAUCGGCCGGCGCCCUCUCCACGUCCUAAGUUGUGUGUUUCCUGCUCUGGACGCAUGUGUUCACCUCCUAAGCGAUCGCUCGGGAGGGGCCUGGUGGGAGGGGCCUGGUGGGAGGGGCCCGGUGGGAGGGGCCCGGUGGGUUUUCUUUUCCACGUGUGUUUGAGUGAAAUGGCUUUUAAAAAAAAAAAAAAGUUUCUCCAUCUAAAGGUUCUCUUUAUUUAGAUUUUAUUUUAUUUUGUCUCCUAGCACUGAUCUGAAAAUGAUUUAUAAUUAUCCGGUUGUGAACAACUCGCAGGUUAUUUUGACACAUGUUCUCUUAAUUUUUAUUUUAUUUUAUUUUAUUUUUUUAUCAUUGCUUUAAAUUAAAAGCUAGAUGGAUAUUUAGCGGAAGCCAAAUGGUUUACGUCUCAUUUUUUUAGUUGUUUUUUGGUGAGGAAUCCGACCUCCAGUAUUAGGCUCGAUAUACUCUGAUGUAGAACGAGCAGCUUCAUGAGCCAAUCAGCGAGGAGGGUUUCCUGACUGCUUUGCUCAAACAUGACUAAAAAUAACAACUGGUGCAAAUCACCACAAAUAACUUUUCUUUAAAUUAUUAUUUAAAAACAGGAAAUGUGUUUGUGAUGAGAGCAUGCUGGCUAGUGGUGUCCUUGAACCAGGACCAUGUAUGUUAAGAUUUAUAUUCAUAGAUAUUUAUAUAUAUAGAUAUUUAUAUAUAUAAAUAUAUAAAUAUCUAUAUAUUAUCCAUGGUCCCAGACAAAGACCAAGCCUGCUGCUCACUAAGAGGCUUCCGUCAUCCCACCCUCUCUGAUCCAUUCUGUACCAGUUUAAAUGAAGGGACCUUUCUUUGGGCAUCUGACAAGACUGGCAGCCUUAAAGCUUCUUAAUUUAUUUUUAUUCUCUUUCUCUCUUUUUUUUAAAAUAUAUAUAUGAUAAAAAAUGUUUAAAUAAAAAAAAAAAAAAAAGUGCAUAUCAAGAAAAUGAUCAUUUGUAAAUACUGUUGUGUGUGUGUGUAGUGUUUUAGAAAUUCUAUAGAGGUCUUUAAAAAUCACUACAGAUGCUCGCUUUAAGAAGGAGAUCCGGUGCCACGUCGGUGCUGGUGAAGCUGAGGCAUCAACGUUUCUUCAUCACCGCUUCCCUUCACGCCUCCUCCUCCUCCUCCUCCUCCUCCUCCUCUUUCUUUUUUUAAAUACGAUAUAACGCGUUCAUUCUCCUCACAAUGUCUCCUUUUUGCGCGUGGCGUCUCCGUGGCGAUGGCUGGGGGGGGGGGGGGGGGCACCAUAUGCUUACAAUGCAAUGACAACAUAAGCACCCAAACCAGCUAAACAGUCCACAACAACAACAACAAAAAGAUCCAGAUUGCUUAAAUUUAAAAUGUAUCUAUAUCUAUCUUCUCUGAUUGUAAGGAGAGCGUUUCUCCUUGAAUUGAAGCCAUUUGAAGCCACUUGUCGAAACUUGAUGUCAGCCUUAUGUGGAUCUGUUUGUGUAUCGGCAUAUUAUCUUUUUGAUUAUUGAAAUUUGUAUGAUGGAGAUUUUUUCUUUUAUACCAUCAUUGUUUAUUGUCAAUGUACACCAAUAAAAUGAAACUUGUAAAAGUGUG